UUUAACAUUCAAGUAAUUUUUUAAGCAGCUUAUUUCUGCCGGCGGUGUUUUUAUUUCGUAACCUUCUGUUUAAGAAGUAUUCAUCAAAUAAAACCUAAAUAAAUAAGAUGAAUAAUAUCUUCAAAUUUCUACGAAAGCCGCUUACAACGGUUGUCAGUGCAUCACAGCAGGUACCGAGAAGAUUUUUCGCCUCACCACCAAAGCGCUUCUACAAACGUACCUCCGUGCUCUGUAAUGACGGGAAGUAUGAGGUAACACUGGAUAGCCGGAAAUUAAAGACACCGAAUGGUACAUUAUUUACAGUUAAAAGUGAACCGCUGGCGAUAGCUGUGGCCACAGAAUUCGAUGCACAGAAAGAGCACAUUGAACGCUCCAAAAUGCAUUUGUCGGCGUUAUGUUUUACAGCUAUCGAUAACCCUAAUAGGCAUACAAAGACAGAUAUGGUGAACUACGUGCUGAAUUACAUAGCAACAGACACUGUGCUCUUUCAAUACGACGAUGAAAAAGAAUUGUUUGACCUGCAGCGCAACGAAUGGGACCCUAUUAUACAGUGGUUCAACGAACGCUAUGGCACAAACUUACAAAAGACAAUGGUAAUGUCGCCACCAAAUGUGAGUGCUGAUGAUAAAAUGAAAGUAUCCAAGUACCUGCUGUCGCACAGUGAGGAUGUAUUAUUUGGUUUCAUAUUCGCUGUGGACACUUUGAAAUCUGUUUUGCUUGCCUUUGCUGCAAUCGAUCAGCGCAUUAGUGUUGAAAAGGCCGUUGCGUUGUCACGAUUAGAGGAGGAAUACCAAUCGAAGUUUUGGGGGCGCGUUGAAUGGGCGCAUGAUCUGAGUCAACAAGAAUUGCAAGCGCGUUUGGCUGCUGCAGUGCUCUUUGUGCAUCUCAAUCGAUCAGAACAUUUUGUGAAAGAAAAGUUAAUAGUUUAAUGUAGUAGUGAUAUAGAAAAAAUAAAAGUUAAUUGUUUGUACAUAUAAGUAGGUGAAUGUGCCUCGCAGAAUAAAAAAAACAACACUCUGAAACAUAUGCGACAACACAGGCAGCUAUUGAAAUAUAAUGCAGCAGUAAAAGGCACGUACAUACUCGUUCCCACAACAGUGGGUUCUACGUAAUCGGAAAGAGCCGGAUUUAUAUCCGGGCAAGAACUGUCACAUCAGCGGCGUUCCUCGUAUAUGUAUCAGGAAUGUUUAUGAAACAAGUAAAAUUAAGUGGUUAUAUACAGUUAGAAUUUUCAAAAAAAAAAAUUAAAUUUUUUGUCGUAAUGUACAUAUAUUUAAGAAUACAUACAGACAAUUUAACAUCGUUCCGGUGAAUAUUUUCGAAGUCACACGCAAAUGUGAAAAGGCGUUUCAGAGUGUUUGAAAGUACAAGGCCGGAUUGGAGCGGCAGCGCGUUUUUCUCAAAAUGGUCUUUUCAAAGUUAGUGACCAACAUUACUCGCAAACGGCUAAACCGAUUAGUCUCAAAUUUUAACACAAGCUUCUUAAAUAUAUUUUUUUUAGUAAUUAAUAGAAGAUUUUUUCGAACCGAUAAAUAUUUUUGUUUUUUAUAAACAAUUUAAGGCCAAAAUUUUGCUCAAAAAUCGAUUUGUUUUUGAGAAACCGCCAUUUGGUCAACAAAAUUUAUUUUGCUUAUUCCUUCGAUUAAUUACUAGAUUUAACAUUACUUUAACGAAAUCUGUUUGGUUUUUCAAUUUCAGAUGGUCCAGCUCAGAGACAUAGUAGUCACCGCAAAACGUCUUUUUGGCCGCCUAAAUUAGUUCGUAGCUGAAAGGCUGGCGACGUCUGUCGUUCUGAGCGAUAAUAUACGCAUAGGUAUAGUAAAAGAGUCACAUUUUCAUUCAAAGUCAUUAGGGACCAUUGCGAUAAAGUAUUAACUUCGUUGUAAUGUAAACUUACGAUGUGAGAUGACGGUAGAGUCAGAACGAUUUCACUGCCAGAGGAAUCAGCAGCCUUUGUAUAUAUUUUAUCUUACGCCCAAUGGCUAAGCGAUUUAGAGAUGAUACCUCAGAUAGUUACAGUUCUGACGAAUUUACUGUGUAUCUGAUAAAACGGAAGAUGACGGUCUUACUUCGUCAAGUGGAAGUGAAAUCCGUGCAAUAAGGAAUCCACUCAGACAUUUCAAUAUUAGCAGUGACAGCAGUUUGUUUAUAGUUAUUGUUUGAUUUUAUGAACAUUUUUUCUUGUGUUAAAUACAACCUUAGUUUUUAUAACGUUCAA